AUGUGUGAAUUGAAUGCUUCAGAGGGGCGAGCGUUGGAAAGGUGUCCGAAGACAUGCCUGGAAUUCCCAAAACCCGUUUGCGGAACCGAUGGACAAAUCUAUUUGAAUGAAUGCCAGAUGAGACAAAUGAACUGCGAUUCUGAUGGGAAAGUAUAUCUAAAUCACUGCAAAAUGUUGUACGAAAACUGUGAGACAGGUAUCAAACGAAUGCCUCUUAGGUUUUGUGUCGGGGAUGACGAGCAGAAGCUCUAA